UUUAUUUUUUUUAUUCAAACAUAUAACAACAACAAAAAAUGGUUACAGCCACAACUAAAACUGCUCCCAGCAACAGAUUACAACAAGCCGAUGACUUGAAGGAGGCCAAGAAGGUCGAACAGGCCAUCAGCACGUAUAGAGCCAUCUUGGCUGAACCUGCCAGCACGGAAGAAUUGUUGAAAGAGCAAGAAUAUGCCCUCUCUAAACUUGGUCAACUUUACCGAGAUCUUCACCUUCCUCAAGAACUCGCAGAGUUAAUUCGUUCAUCUCGUCCCUUUAUGUUGACCAUGGCCAAAGCAAAGACUGCUAAAUUGACUCGCUCACUUAUCGAUUACUUUGGUGAUAUUCCCAACUGUCUUCCUCUUCAAAUUGAACUGUGCAAGGAGAAUAUCGAAUGGUGUGUUCAAGAAAAGCGACUCUUUUUAAAGCAAGCACUUGAGACACGUUUAGUUGCACUUUACUUGGACAAUAAGAUGUAUCACGAAUCUUUAAACUUGAUUUCAUAUUUAUUAAAGGAGUUGAAGCGUUUGGAUGAUAAGAUGGUACUUGUAGAAGUUCAAUUACUUGAAAGUCGCGUCUGUCACGCUCUUAGAAAUCUUCCCAAGGCAAGAGCUGCUUUAACCUCUGCUCGUACUUCUGCCAACUCCAUCUAUUGCCCUCCCUUGUUACAAGCUGCCUUGGAUAUGCAAUCUGGUAUCCUUCAUGCCGAGGAAAAAGAUUACAAGACCGCUUAUUCUUACUUUUACGAGACAUUUGAAGGCUAUUCUAGCCAAGAGGAUUCUAAUGCUAUCCUUGCCUUAAAGUAUAUGUUGUUGUGUAAGAUCAUGUUGAAUUUGACUGAAGAUGUUCACUCUAUCAUUGGUGGUAAAAUUGCAUUAAAAUAUGCCGGUGUCGAAAUUGAAGCCAUGAAGGCUGUUGCACAUGCUCACAAAAAUAGAAACCUUCAAGAAUUUGAAACAACAUUAGCCACAUAUACUAAUGAAUUGAAUAAUGAUCCUAUUAUUCGUACUCAACUUGCAGCAUUGUAUGAUACUCUUUUGGAACAAAAUUUGGUUCGUAUUAUUGAGCCAUUCUCUCGUGUCGAAAUCUCUCAUAUUGCAGACAUGGUUAAACUUCCCACACAACAAGUCGAAGCCAAGUUAUCUCAAAUGAUUUUGGACAAAAAGUUCCAUGGUAUCCUUGAUCAAGGUGCUGGUUGUUUGAUUGUUUUUGAUGAACCUGAGGAAGAUAAGACUUAUGAGACUGCUGUUGAGACAUUGAAGCAAGUUGAUAAGGUUGUUUCUAGUUUGUAUCAAAAGGCUGCUAAGCUUUCUUAAAAUUGAAUAAAAAACCCUACAUACACUCACACACACACACUCACACACACACAUUACACAAAUACAUUAUACAUAUUAAAAAAAAAAAAAAUUAUAAAAUAUGCG